GCGUCCUCGGGCGGCGCUCGACCCGAGGAGGCGAAAGCCGCGGCGAGCGGAGCGGCAGCGGCGGGUCCCGGCCCUUCGGCCCGGGGAGCGGCGGCGGGCAGAGUCAAGCUCUUCCCCCGGCAGCGCAGGACCGGAGAAGGGCAAAACUUGCUCUUGCAGCGGCAAGGAGCAGCUGCCAGCGCCUCACCGGCGGGGCGGGACAUCACCCCCCCGGCCCGGCCCUGCCCUGCCCUGCCCAGCCCAGCCCAGCCAAGGGACGCGGAUACCGGCAAGGGAACGAGCGAGAAGGCGAGCGCCGAGGAGCCCGGCCGCCGCCGCCGUCGUCCCGUGCGAGCCCAGCACCGCCCGCCCUUCCCGAGCCCGCCGGAGCUCCGGGAAGCCGGUCCCCGAUCUCCUCCUCCCUUUGCCGAGAAUGGCUGUGCUGGUUGCAGACCCACCAGCGACAAGGCUCUGUGGCGAGGCUUGCCUGCUGCACCUGCACCGGGGAGCGGUGAGAGGAGCCCGAGCCACUACGUGCCAGCAAGGGACAGAGCAUGAAGGAGGUGCUUGAGGCCUCCCUGAUCUUCUGACAUCUGUGACUAGCUGUCACUGAAGAACUAUACAUGACAGAACCUGAAGGCUGUACAGAAUACAGAAUUACAGAAUAUAGCUCUUGAGCUCAUACCCCACAGGUUCUGGAAAUAAACAUCACAAAGGAAUCCAACACGUUUUCAUCCAGGAGUGUAAACCAAGACUGAAUUUCCAAGGCCUGGACAUCUUCUCUGAUUUUCAUUCUGCGUUCUUGUGCAGAAGAUGUCAAAAAACACAACAGAGAAUGCAGCUAACCCUCACUCAGCAAUUCUAGGUCUAUUCUUAGGAAGCAUUUCACUGAUCACUAUUGUCAUGAAUAUAUUAGUACUAUGUGCUGUGAAAACGGAAAAGAAGCUGCAGACAGUUGGCAAUUUAUACAUUGUCAGCCUCUCUAUUGCAGAUCUCAUAGUUGGUGCAGCUGUUAUGCCCCUGAAUAUUGUUUAUAUCCUAAGUCCUGUGUGGACUCUAGGCUUACCAGCCUGUUUGUUCUGGCUGUCAAUGGAUUACGUGGCCAGUACGGCAUCCAUUUUCAAUCUCUUCAUAUUGUGCAUUGACCGUUAUCGUUCAGUUCAGCAACCACUGAAAUAUCUCAAGUAUAGAACAAAAACGAGAGCAUCACUAAUGAUUUUGGGGGUUUGGUUGCUCUCUUUCACAUGGGUCAUUCCAAUCCUAGGAUGGCAUGUUUUUGCUAAUAAUGGGGAAAGGAAAGUAAAGGAAAACAAGUGUGAAACCGAAUUCUCUGAAGUCAACUGGUUUAAAGUGUUGACAGCCAUUAUCAAUUUCUACCUACCCUCUAUCAUCAUGUUAUGGUUGUACUAUAAAAUAUUCAGAGCUGUCCGAAAACACUGUCAACACCGAGAGCUCAUCAAUGGAUAUCGGUCUUUCUCAGAAAAAAAUCCCACGAAGGACAAGCAAAAUAUUUGCCUCCAAGAGAAAAUCUUAGAUGAGAACACCCCUCCCGAAGACAAGCAAAGCUCCCCUCAGCCCAAAAAUAUGGAGGCAGAGCUUCAUUUCAGUGAUUCUGACAAGUCUUCAAAGGCAUUCGUUAACAAGAGUAAUAGGAAAGUCCUUAAAUGGAGCUGUUUUCCUUUCACCACUGCCCAGUCUGAGCCAGGCCUGGAUAAAGCAGGAAAGAAGUGUGGGUGUGUAACAAAAGAGAACAAAAAUGAAGAGGAGCCUUGCUCACAAGACAGUGACUUAAGUGAUGCAUCAGACAACCAUACUUUCACAGAGGAGGUACCCUGUAGAAAGCAUUUCAAUCCUAACCCUGAAAGAGCCUGCAGUCUUCAGGAAAAGACUGAGAACAGGGAUUUCAGAGGACUGACUUACCUGAGGAAAACCUGGCAAAGUCUGCACACCCAUUCCAAAAGGCACAUUCAAGGACUGCAUGGGAACAGGGAAAGGAAAGCAGCUAAGCAAUUAGGGGUCAUAAUGGCAGCCUUUAUGCUGUGCUGGAUUCCCUAUUUUGUGUUAUUUAUGGUAAUAGCUUUCCAUGGCCAUGAACAAUUUUCGAAAUUACACAUGUUCACUAUAUGGCUUGGCUAUGUGAACUCCACCUUAAAUCCAUUCCUGUAUCCUCUUUGUAACCAGAAUUUCAAGAAGACAUUCAAAAAGAUCCUUCACAUCCACUGAUAUUCUUCUGAUUUUUUUGAGCUAAAAAGCAGCUCAAGAGUUCAACCAAACAAAAUGUUCCAGUUUCAAAGACAAACACCAUGCCUAAAGUAGAAGACUUUGGAAAACUGUAAUUUAUGAACAACUGUUAGUAAAAGUAUGAAACAUGCAUUUAACAGCUUUAAUACAUUUGAAGAAGAACUAAUUCAAAUCAGGAAUCUGAAAAACUCGGGGGCAAUCUCAGAACUGUUACACUGUUGUACACAUUUUACAAUUUGAGAUUACCUCUUUCAUCAUGUAGAACAAAAACUGGAGAUAAAAAUAGAGCUCUUCAGUGAUUAUAAAUUAUUCAGCUACAGAAAAGGAAGAAAUAGAAUGACAUUUCUGUGAUUGGCCAAAUAUAUUUUUCUCUUCCAACUUACUCCAUUAAACACAGGAACACAUUGUUUGUGAAGUGAGAUCUGCAAGUGGAGGUACUUUGCAUAGGCAAAGAAAUAAGCUUCAAUUGUUUAAAAAAAUCUACCCUAUUUAUUUAUAGCUUUCUCCAAAUCAUAAACGUCAAGCCAUAUUAUAACCUACCGUAUCUCUUUGAUAUCAUGCUUGCUUCAUUUACACCUGUACAUGUUAACUUCACUGAAAAAAAAAAUAGUAUUUUUAUGUCCUAGAAAUUUUGCUAAGACUUUCCAUAUUCAACAUACUAUCACUAGCUAUUCAAGAAGGGUAUGUUGUUGUCUCUAGACUAGAAUAUAGUUGAUUAUAGACUACACAUAUUUUCUUCUUCCUACAGGUUGGCAAAUAACCUAAGUGUGCAGUGGCAAUACUAGUCCAUAUAUCCUUAUCUUGUAGUAGGCAAACUCUUCCUACUAUAAGAGGCAAACUCAUGAGCAACAACUAAAGCUUGCAAAACAGAAAAUAAAACACAUGAAGUAUGUUUACCUUUUCUAUUCUUUAUAUUUAAUUGCAUUUUAUAAAUCAUGCUGUAAAUACUGUAAUAUAUUUCAGGAGAAACACACAAUAAUAGAAUACUCUGGGUUGGAAAGGAUCUCAGGAAGACAUCUCAGUACAACCUACAACUCAAAGCUGGGCUGGCUUUGACAUUACAUCAUGUUGCUCAGGGCCUUGUCCACAACUUGAAUGACAAGCAUUUGUAAAAACAGCUUCAUCUGGAGAAGCUGGCAGGCAGCCUUGACAGAGAAGUUUGCAGCUAAGGUUCACUCUACCACCUUUAAGUGUUCACUUGCUCAGCCAUUGAUUUAACUGUUUCUAAGUAUUAACUAAUUCUCAAAAAAAGACAUGGCCUGUUAUACAACAGGAAUUAAUCUCCUCUUCCUAAUUGCAGUCAGGUAUAAAUUUGUCCCUGAAGGAAGAAAACAUAGUUCCUCAGCAAAAAAAGUACAUAGGGGUGUAUGUUGCAUGAGCUAACUUAUCAGGAAGCUUACAACUUCAUAGAACAAUUACACCAAAAUAAAAAAAGAGUAUACAGAUUAGGGAGCAGGGACGAGAAUUGAGGCAGAGGAGAUCUCAGGCCCUAUAUUAGCCAAAUAUCCCAAGACCGUGUACCACCUUGUUUGUGGCACACCAGUAAAGCAUUCAUUCCUAUUCUUCUGCUACGGAACUGAGAGAAACAUUUUGAGAAAACACUGUGGAGUAUGCUAGUUUUAAGAAGAAAUCCCAGAACCAGAUAACUUCAACAGCUAAAGCCACAUUUGCAUGUAAUGGUGAGUUUAUGUAAGUCUUUUCCAUACCUUUUGGGAAGGAUGAUUAGAGAGGCAUCCUGAAGGUUCAAUGUAAAAGGAUUGUUCUCCCAUUCAUUUUGUUGUGCUGAUGAAUUUACCACUUCCUGAAUGCUUUCUUGCUUCUAAAAUUGCUCAGUUAGCUUAACAACAAAGUUCUGAUGGAACUGGAACUCCUUCAACUGAGUACUGUCAAGAGUUUGGUGGGAUGAGUUGAAGGGAUGUUCUGUGUAGUAUCUUCAUUACACCAGAAGUGCAAAAUGGUAGUUUAAUGGUUCAAGGAGAAAUUCUGAAUUCUAUGUUCCUAAUUAAUGACCUUGAGCUACUUAGAGUCCCUCUGUGCCAUGUGUGCCUAUUUCAUAAUGUGAAUAUGACAAGACUUAGAGUAACAAUGCAACACUUAGGAUAAUGUUUGCAUGAUGCUCAUAAAUUUUGGAUAUAAUAUACUAACUAAAUGCAAAGUAUUCUCUGUCAGUUUUAUUUCUCUGAAUUAAACACCUGAAUGUUAAUAGUUGUAUUUAAAGUAUUGAAUAUUAAAUGAAGCCCUAAUAUAUCUACAUUUUAAUAAAUUGGGAAAAUGUGUUAAAGGAAUAAACUUCAAUUCAGUCUAUUUCAAUGUAUCAUAUGAGGUUCAGAGAUUAUUUGAUUUGGUCUCAAGCAGCAUGCAGGAAAAACUCCAAUUAGGGAACUCAAAUCUAGCAGAAAAAAAGGCAAAAUACAGAGACAGAAUAUAGAAGCAGGAAAAUUCAUUCCAGAAUUCAGACAACUUUUUCACUGCAGGAGCAGUAUCUGCACAAGUAGUAAGACACACCUUCUUUUGGACUACAAAGCAGCAUCUUUUGAAACAUAUACUCUAAUCCAAUGGCCUUUCACAAACAAUUGCUCAGAUUCACAUUCAUUAUGAUUUUUUUUCUAUUGUGAUAUGCAACACCAAUUCUAGCCAAAAUGGAUGGUAAUCUUGAUGAUCCUUGAGGAAAUAAAAAAGCAGCACACUAAGUCAGCUACAGUUAUUACUGUAUACUGCUGAAACAUGCUCACCCAAGGGCUACUUAGAGUUAUCAAGAAGUCUAUCCUCUUGAUCAUGACAAUUGCCUUUUCUGACUUUAAAAAGUAUUAGUACAUGAAAAAGGAACCUAAACAAAAUCACUGAAAAUUGGUCUAAAAUAUGAUGAUUAUAAGAAAGAAUACCUCUGGUAACAAUUAAAGAACAUUUAAACACAGAACAGCUAAAUCUAGGCAAAUAAAGCUGCCUGACUAUUUUUUAUCUCCCUUCAUUUUUAUCCAUAAUCUUAGUGUAACUGUGUUAAUAAUAAAGACAGGGGAAGUUGUCAGAGUGGGCUUCUCUGAUGUCAUAGCUGUAAUAGAUAAAAAGAAAAUAGGAAAACAGGAUACAGCCUAUUUUAAACUUCCAAUUAGCGAGGUACCUAACAGCAUUUAUCAGUUUAUUUUACUGAAUAGGCAACUCAAAUCGUUCUGGAUGUAAGAGAGGCAGAGGAAAGCAAAUUAGGGUAAGGAAUGGAGAAGCCUACUACCACAUGGGGCCAAGCCUCAGGAGAAUAUUCAAGGUGUGGUUUCCUGUAAAAGAUUUUCAACGUUUUCCAGUUAAUAAACAAGGUCAGAGGACACACAGCUUUAAGGGAACAUAACAAAUUUCUUGGAAUUUCUUGGCCUGGAGUUCUACUUCAAUCAAAGUGUGGUGAGAACAACCAACUCUGCUUUUAAGAGGCAGAAAAAUAAUAAAAUUCUUAUAAUUUUUUCUGUGUCAGUGGUGACAUCUAGUGGGUAAUGAGAAGAAUUCUGGGCUUCUGCAUCAAAUACUGUUUAUCAUCGAAGUUUGUUAAAAGAGAGGUGCAAUUAGGAAGUGGAUCCUGCCACCUAGUACGUGUUUCAGGAAACGUGGCACUCAAUAAAGGAAACAUUAGUGCAGGUGCGCAUUUUGGCUUCAUUCUAUCAUCUAAAAGGACUCCAUUACAUUCUCUGUGAGUCCACUUCGUGAUGCACUUUGAUAGCACAAUAAAUGAAAAUGACUGAAAGAUUAACUUUAAAAAUAUAUUUCUAAUCCUAAGAUAUUAAUAUAGAAGCACCAUAGACACCUCUGAAUACUUCUAGAGGAGGUCCCGAAUUCUGCAAAUUGCUGUAUCUUUCCACUGCUAUCCCGGAUGCUAGAGGACUAGCCUCCUAACUUAGCUGGGAUAGCUUAAGUUCCUAAAGAUGAGGUGUAAGAAUACACUUGAAAGUUUCAGUGCAUGCAUUCCUUCUACCAGAAUGAGAAUUAGUUCAUUUGGAAAUGCCAAGUUAAGUUUAAAUACUAUGCAUACAUAUUCACUUUUGUUUAUUUGUUAAGUACAAUGACAAAAUUAUUAAUUUUCAUAAAAUUAUUUGUCUAUUGAAGAAUUAGAAGAUAAAAAGACCAAUUAAUGUUAACACUGUGUGAGAAAUAGCUCAUGAAAAUAGUUUACACUCCUGAUACUGAAUUCCAAAUUAUCUUUAAAAAUGAUACAUACCUGACACUGAAAUAGAAUCAUUUCUACAUGGUCAUCUUACAGUCUAAAAUAGAAAUAUAAAAAAUCAAAUGUGAGAUGUACAUUCUAUACAUGCACAGACACAUGACCACACAUACCAGGCUACCACAAAAUUGCCAUUUGACAUCUCCACCAGUUAAAAAGUGUUAGAGUCCCCACUGAAAGAGAUGUACGUUUGUGCAUGGUAAUGGUUAAAACCAUAGUGACAUCUGGUAAGUCUAACAAUGUUUCCAUUUUUAACAAUAUUUGUAUCCCUUAUCAUUUUGUUUUGUCUACAAAGAUAUCUUGUGUUUAAACUCUGAUAUAUUUCAACUAAAAUAUGCCUUAAAAGAAAUAUACAGCACCUCUUGCUAUAUGUUGCACUAUGUAAUUAAAAUUAAUGCCUACUGUGUAAUUAAAUUGAAUGCCUUGAGUAAAAUCACAUGCCUUUUGUUUUGAUCAGGCAUAACUUAGUCUUCAAAAACAACACAGGCCUGGGAAUGGAACUCAGGUCUCCUACCUGGCAAUCUAAUUUCCUCCUCACUACAUAUGAAUAAUCCUUCAACUCAGUUCCUUGAGGGGUAACAACUGUUUCUCUGAAUCAUAUCAAAGUGCUCAUAGAAGAGGCACCUGCCCGUGCCAGAGAAAUUAGUGAAGAUGCUCACAGAAGUCUAUCAACAUGGCAACUGCAAGGUGAUACCUUUUUCAGCAUAUUCCCACUUUCUUCCACUACUGAUUCGAGUAUUCAUUGCUACAACAGGCUUUUAGUUUUGGAGCGUCCCACUCUUGCAGCAUGUCCUGGUUUUGGCUGGGAUAGAGUUAAUUUUCUUUCUAGCAGCUGGUAUAGUGCUGUGUUUUGGGUUCAGUAUGAGAAGAAUAUUGGUGAGACACAGUCAGCUUCUCAUGCCCAGCCAGCAAGAAGGCUGGAGGGGCACAAGAAGUUGGGAGGGGACACAGCCAGGGCAGCUGACCCAAACUGGCCAAACGGGUAUUCCAUACCAUGUGAUGUCAUGCCCAGUAUGUAAACUGGGGAGAGCUGGCCUGGGAGGAUCGCUGCUCGGGAACUAACUGGGCAUCAGUCGGCAGGUGGUGAGCAAUUGCAUUGUGCAUCACUUGUUUUGUAUAUUCCAGUCCUUUUAUUAUUAUUGUCAUUUUAUUAUUGUUGUUAUUACCAUUAUUAGUUUCUUCUUUUCUGUUCUAUUAAACUGUUCUUAUCUCAA